AUGUUAUUAUCAAUGCCACAUACACUUGGUUACUUCUCCAAAAUAACAUUCAACUGCUUGAUUGCAAUUGAACGAAUAUCAAUGUUCCUGUGCAAGUCAUUUCAUCAUUUUGUUGAAACGCAUACAUUAUUGUAUAUUUCGAUAGGCUGGUUUGUCGGUGUAUUGACUAUUAUCAGCACCACUGUUAUCGGUUGCUGGAAAACGUAUAGUACCCAUACAAUGCAGUUUACAUAUUCAUGUGGCACAUGUACAUUAUUCGGUGACUUCGAAAUAACGGCAAUUUUACUGUGGGGAACGCAGGCAUUACAAGGAAGCGUGACGUGUUUCAGUCAAUUUAUCGAUUCUUUCAUGUUUUACACCUUUCCAAUGAUUGCACCCAGUGCAGUAUGGGCUGCAGCACUUGCCAAUUUUAUUUACGUCGGCAAUGCCUUAGCUCAAGCGCCAAUACUGCUAGUAUUCAACAAAUCAAUUCGGUCGACAUUGGCUGACAUGUGCGGCUAUGGGGUCAGUAAAGUUCAUAGUAUGAAGCCAACAACUAUAGAGGGCACGAAAUUUUAG